UUGCUUAUAUUUGUCAUAUCUUCCUUCUAGCAUCAAGAUUUGAUUAACAAGUAUGAAUUAAUACAUAAAGAAAUCAUUUUUAUGUAUAAAGAUUUGAUUUUGAGGUAGUUUGGACUUUAGCUGUUGACUAUUUGUUGUUUAAAUUGACUCUUGGAAAUAAGUUUGAUGAGCAAGUUUAAAUAAUGUGUGAAAAAUCAUUUGUAUGUGUAGAUAUUUGAUUUUGAGAUGUUUGGCUGCUGACCCCAUUUGCAGUUUGAAUUGAUUCUUGACCUUAAAUUUUGAUGAACUACUAUGAAUUAAUAUAGAAAAGAAUCAUUUUUAUGUGUAAAGAUUUGACUUUGAAGUUUUUGGUCCUUGACCCAUUUGCAGUUUGAAUUGGUUCUUGGAAUUAAUUCAUAAAUACAAGUAUGAACUGAUGUAUAGAGAAAUCAUUUUUAUGUGUAAAGAUUUGAUUUUGAGGUGUUUGGCUGUUGACCUUUGCAAUUUGAAUUGAUUCUGGCGUUAAAUUUGAUGAACACGUAUCGAUUGCUAUAUAUAAAGAAAUCGUUUUUAUGCGUAAAGAUUCGAUUUUUAGGUGUUUUAUAGUUGAACCAUCUUCAGUUUGAAUUGAUUCUUGGGUUUGAGAAUGGAGGAGGGUGUUCCGAGUCAAAGUGGGGAAGAACCCACAUCAUGGGAUGAGCUUUACAAUGUCAAUCUGAUGCCUUCAGAGAUUUUUGUCAAGUUCAGAAAAGAAAUAGAAGGUUAUCGAGUUGGUGUUAACUUGGAGUUUUACAACGCUCCAUACAAUGAGUAUCUGGCUAAGCUGGUUUUAAAGCCUUUAGCCCCUGAUCGGAGAUGGAAGUUCAUAUAUGAGCCGUUGCGUCAUGAAGUACGCCUUCUUUCCAAAAAGAUCCCAGUGACAAAAUUUCUGAAUCUUCAGGUUGGUGUAGGCCAUAGCUUUCAGUUGCAUGCAACUGGUUGGAAAUGGAAGCUCAAUACUUGUUUCGGUGGAGAUGGUCUCUCCAGCAUCCGGAAUAAAACAUCACUUGGAUUAUGUCCCGGUGUGGAUUUCCGUUUUGGAUGGAAAGCAGAUUAUGUACUUCCAGAAGUUACUGGGGCUUUAGGCACUGGUGAACCAUUGUUCAAUAUGAAUUCUGGACGAUUACAGGCGUCACUGGAUAGAGUGGAGGCCAUCUUUUCCCAAUAAGCACAUUCAGUACUUGGGAAAAGUAGAGAGCUCGUAAAAUGGAGAUAUGAUCGCAGUGGGUUGUAUUGCCAAGAUUGUACAUCAUAACGGGUGGUUUUUGAGAGAUAUGUAUUGUAAAAUGAUUGAAAGCUUGAUUUAUCUCGAGUUCUGUACUGUAAAUUAGUAUAUUCUACCUUUGCUUAAUUUUUUUGAUGUAAGCAUAGGUGGAUGCUAUCAUCAGGCUCUAUCUUGGAAACACAUUGAAUGUAAAAUAAAUGUUGAAGAAAUCUUAAUUAAAACAAUGGCAAUUCCUUAAAUUGUGGAUGAUUGUCAAUUCACGAGCA